AUGCAGCCGCCGCCGCGCAAGGUGAAGCUCACCCAGGAGGUGCGGGUCCAUCUCCUCGAGCAGCUCUCGGGCCUCCAGGGCAAGCAACAGCGAGACGCUGAGCUGCUGGAGGACAUCAGGUCCUACAGCAAGCAGAGGGCCACCAUCGACAGGGAGUACGGGCAGGCACUGCAGAGGCUGGCGAGCCAGUUUGUGAAGAGAGACUGGCAGCGGGGCCGCGGUGAGGCCGGCGACUCGAGGAGCGCAGUCGCUGUCUGGAAAGGCGUCAUCGAGGGGACCGCGCAUGCCGGGCAGGUCCGUCUCACUGCCUCAGAGAGCUACCGUGCCCUCGCCGCGGAGGCCGCCCGGACCUCCCGCCUCUCCAAGGAGCGGAUGCUCAAGAAGGGCAUUGAGCGGCUGCAGAAGGCGCAGGCGGAGCUGCUGGAGACGGUGAAGGAGCUGGACAAAGCGAAGAAGCAGUUCACCCACCUCCAGCGGAGCAGCGAGGUGGCCAAGGACAAGGCAGCUGACGUUGAGGCUCGGCUCCGGAAGAGCGACCGGAGGAUAUUUCACACCAAGGCCAGCCUGCAAAAACUCAGCGCCAAGUUCUCAGCACGGCUGGCCGAGCACUCGAGGCAGCUCGCGGGGGUGCAGAACGAGUACGGCUUUGCUCUGGUGUCUGCCACCGCCCACCUGGAGCAUUACCGGCGGGUAGAGCUGCCUGCUGCCAUGCAGGCGCUGGAUGGUGACCUCUACGAGCGGCUGCGGGAGCACUUGUCAGCGGCCAGCCGGACAGAGGUGGAGACCUGCCGGGCCACACGGGAAUGGUUCCAGGGCAUUGCGGAGGCAUCCGCGCGGGUGUGCCGGGAGCAGGACCUCCUCCUCUUCCUGCAGGACCACCCUGCCUUCGCCCUGGCCCUAGAGCAGCACUUCCAGCUCACCGGGGUGGAGGAGGUGUGCCUGCUGCCGCCGGGGGACGAUGGGGCCAGCCUGGAGAAAGAGACACGGCGCUGGGCCACGCGGGUGGCUCGGGACUGCAAAAACAAGGCGCACAGCGAGGAGGUGCUGCAGCGGCUGGAGGCCAGGCGGCAGCAGGUCCCCGAGGCAGAGGCGGCCGCCGUGGAGCGGCAGAUGGAAGAAGCGAGGGAAAAUAUCCGGAAGGCGGAGGUCAGCCGGGUGAAGGCAGAGGCACGGCUGGUGCUGCUGCGGGCAGCAGGGCUGGACGUGGACACUUGGCUGGCGGGGGCCAUGGUGGGGACGGGCGAGGAGGUGCCCACGGGGCUGGAUCCAGCCGAAUUCGACGACUACGAGGACAGUGACGAGCCAGACGAGAAUGACGAGCCCAGCCCUGCAGCCCGCACCUACCCCUACACCUGCCGGGUGAUCUUUGGGUACCAGGGCUGCCAGGCAGACGAGCUGUCCAUCACCCAGGGCGAGGAGCUGGAGGUCAUCGAGGACGGUGAUGCGGAGGAGUGGGUGAAGGCUCGGAACAAGGCGGGCCAGGUUGGCUACGUCCCCGAAAAGUACCUGCUGUCGCUGGGUGGCGAGCCAGGGGCCGGGGUUGGCCCCCCAGGACCCUCUGCGUUGCACCGCCAGCUCUCCAGCAUCAUGGCGGCAGAGCUGGUGCUGGAGCCCGGAGCCUGGCUGGUACGAGCCCUGUAUGACUACGAGGGGCAGAGCCCUGAGGAGCUGAGCUUCCCUGAGGGGGCCAUCAUCCGAGUGCUGCCCCGUGCCCCUGGCGAGGUGGACGACGGCUUCUGGACGGGCGACUUCGAUGGCCGUGUCGGUGUCUUCCCCUCCCUGGUGGUGGAGGAGCUCACUGGGGCCCGGGGGGCAGCCGGGCAGGAGCUGCCGUCGCCGUCCCCACCACCCUUCUCCCCUCCUGGCCUGGUGUCCGGGGCCAGCUUGGCCCCCAGCCCCUCUCCUGAAACACUGCUGGGAGGUGAGUGCCAGGGAGGGGGGGACUGGGAAAGGGGCUGGGGGGGCAUGUGGAGAGCUGGGCUGAGCUGCCGGGCCCUUCCAGCUUGCAGGCAGGAUGGCACGGGCAGCGGGCAGAGCUCUCCAGACCUGGCAGCCACCCGCCUCCGGCCGCUCCGUGCACCCCCCCCGCCUCCUGGCAGAGCCCCCGAGCCUGACCCCGACCCCCAGCUGCACUUCAGCUGA